GCGAAUCCAACUCUCCUCUCCCCUACUCAACGUGCGCUUGAGAAUCAUACCUUUCAUACUCGCCCAAGUCGUACCAUUUUUUUCUUAUAUAGCAAGAUAUACGCAUGUCUUCUUAUCAACAACUCUUACUGUGAGUGAACAGGUAUGAAUCAAACUUUAUACAAAAGGUAGUGGAAGAUGUUUUGAGGAAAUUGAAUUGCAAUUACCUGAAUGUUGCCAAACACCCAGUAGGCAUUGAUUUACGGGUCAAAGAUGUGAUUUCCUUGCUGAGUCUUGAUGCAACCAAUGUCCUUAUUGUGGGCAUCCGCGGGAUGGGAGGAAUCGGUAAGACUACCAUAGCGAAAGCUGUUUUUAAUCAUCUUUGUCAUGGAUUUCGAGGCAGCUGCAGUUUUCUUUUCAAUGUCAGAGAAGUCUCAGAACAGCCUUAUGGAUUAGUUCAAUUACAAAAUCAACUGCUUCAUGAUACCUUGAAAAUAAAAAAUUUCAAGAUACGUAGUAUUGACAGUGGCAUCCAUUUAAUUAAAGAAAGACUUCGUUACAAAAGAGUUCUUGUUGUUCUCGAUGAUUUGGAUCAAUUGAAACAAGUGGAUGCAUUGGUGGGAGACCGUAAUUGGUUUGGACCAGGAAGUCGAAUCAUCAUUACAACGAGAGAUGCUCACUUGCUAGAUCAUCUUCAAGUGGUCUUACAAUAUGAGGUCAGAGAACUGAAUCGUAAAGAGUCCCUUGAGCUUUUCAGUUGGCAUGCCUUCAAGGUAAUACGUCCAGUAGAAGGAUAUGAGGAGAUUUCAAAAGAUGUGGUGGAUUAUGUUGGAGGUCUCCCACUAGCCCUGGAAGUUUUAGGUUCUUAUUUGUCCAAAAGAAGCAUACCUGAAUGGAGAAGUGCUGUGGAGAAAUUGAGAAAAAUUCCUCACCACCAAAUUCAGAAAAAGCUUAGAAUAAGUUUUGAUACAUUAGACGAUGAUAAAAUAAAGGAUAUAUUUCUUGAUAUUGCGAUCUUCUUUACCGGUAUGGAUAAAGAUUAUGUAGUAAAAAUACUAGAUGGAUGCGACUUUUUUCCAGAAAUUGGUAUCAGUGUCCUCAUCAGUAGGUCUCUAAUGACAAUUGAUUCCCAAAAUAAGUUAGCGAUGCAUCAUCUGUUACGAGAUAUGGGAAGGGAGAUUAUUCGAGAAAUAUCACCUAACGAUCCUGGAAAACGCAGCAGACUUUGGUUCCAUGAGGAUGUUUUGGAUGUACUCAAAAAGCACAAGGGAACGGAUGUGGUUGAGGGUCUUAUACUUGAUGCAAGAGCAUCAAAAGAUGUAUUUGUGAGCACGAAGUCAUUCGCAAAGAUGACAUACUUGAGAUUGCUCCAAAUCAAUGCAGUACAUCUUACUGGAGCCUAUCGGAAUCUUUUCGAUGAGUUGAGGUGGUUUUGUUGGCAUGAGUGCCCUUUGAAGUCUAUACCACCAAAUUUACGACUAGACAACCUGGUUGUUCUUGAAAUGCAGUUCAGCAACAUCAGAAAAUUCUCCAAGGAGGUGAAGGUUCUCAAGAAGCUGCAGAUCCUUGAUCUCAGCCAUUCUGUGCACCUUGCAAAAAUAUCAAACUUCUCUGGACUUCCUAGUUUGGAGAGAUUAAUACUUGGAAGUUGCACGAGUUUAGUUGACGUCCACCAAUCUAUUGGACAUUUGAAGAGACUUGUUUUCUUGAAUUUGGAGGGCUGUAAGAACCUAAAGAAUCUUCCUGAAAGCAUUUGUGACUUGAAAUCUCUUGAAAUUCUGAACAUUGCAGGCUGCUCAAAACUUAGCAGAUUGCCAGACCACUUGGGGAACAUGGAAGCCUUAACUGAACUUGUGGCGGAGAGAACUGACAUUAAACAGCUUCCCUCUUCCAUUGGACGUUUGAAGAAGCUUACAAAAUUAUCACUAGGUGGAUUGAAAGAUGGCGUGCAAUCUAUCUCUUGCAUUCCUCAUUUUUCAUCUAGAUUAUCAAACUCCAAAGCUUUGUUGCCAGCUUCAUUCGCUGGCUUAACCUCAUUGACAAGACUAUUUCUUGCUGACUGUGGUUUAACUGAAGAUGCAGUUUCCCUUGAUCUUGGGUGUUUAUCCUCACUCGUAGAGUUGGAUUUAAGAGGAAACAAUUUUUUUAAUCUGCCUGCUGGUGUUGGCCGCCUUCCUAUGCUCAAGACAUUGUGGCUGCAUGACUGCAGAAAUCUCAGAUCAAUCUCUGAGCUUCCGUCGAGUUUAAAGCAGUUGCUUGCAUCCAAUUGCACAUCAUUGGAAAGAUUAUCAUUCCAAUCAAAAGAAUUGCUUGGAUUGUCACUGCUGAAAUGCCCAAAACUAGUUGAGAUUCGAGGUCUGGAGGGUUUGGAAAAUAAUCCAAUCAUUCAUGUGGAAGGAGUUGGAGGGUAUUCGGAAGAGAAUUCUAGGUCACUUUGGCAGGAACUGUCCAAGUGUAGGCCUUUAGGCAGUUGUUUCCCUGGCGGCGAGUUCCCAUUACGAGCAGAUGCGGUCAGCUAUAAAGGAAGUGGAUCUUCAUUAUCAUUUUGCGUACCAAAGUUUUUACCAGGUGGCAUCGAUGGGAUAUCGAUUUGGAUUAAUUAUGCAAUCAUUGACGUAAGAGAUUUGUAUAAGCCUGCAAAUAUAGUUAUCAGAAACAACACAAACAGGAAUGCAUCUUAUUCAUGGAAGAUGGCAUUUGUCUUCAACUCUGGUGGAGAUCAUACUUUUUCGAGAUAUAUACCAAUUAAUAAGCUUCCAUUUGCAGUGGAAGGCGGAGAAGAAAUAGAAUUUUCUGUUCAGGCAGGGGCUGGCACUUUGAUAAAAAAAUGUUGUGUAGAAUUGGUCAGUGCAGAUUUCUACACAGAAUUCCCCAGCUCAGUCAAAAGACUCUUGCAAGCAUGUUAUCCCCUCACAUAAACAUGAAUAUAUCUCUCGUGAUUAUUUAGUAGAAAGUCACCUCUAUAUGUGAUUUUAGAGAAUUACUUUUUAAUAUAUCAGAUGUAUUGAAUAA